GGCCCCGCGGACAUCCCGCACAGCCUGUGUGUCCCUAAGGUCUGAGACUUCGGUCUCCGCCCUGGCGCCCCACCUUCCCAAGGCUGGGUUGUAUUUCACUCCGGGGCUCGCGUUCUGUCUCGUCAGCGCAGUCCAGGAAGCUCUGGGAAAGCCCGAGUAGGAGAACGCGACGGUUUCGUUUUCGGGGGACAGGUUGCCUACUCUACGCUAAUGAUUUUCACGCGGGCAGCCCUCACCCCGAGGCAUUUCGGGCGAGCGACCGCGUCUCAGGAGCUAAAAGUCAGUUUGCAGCGGCGCAGGACCGUGGAUGGCCUUGACUGACGGCGGCUGGUGCCUGCCGAAGCGCCUUGGGGCCGCGCCUCCUGGGGACGCCAGCGACUCCGGAGCCUUUCCAGCGCGGGAGCCCUCCACGCCGCCUUCCCCCCUCUCCUCCUCUUCUUCCUCCUGCUGCUCUCGGGGUGGGAAGCGCGGCCCGGGCGGCGCCAGCAACUGCAGGACGCCGCAGCUCGACACGGAGGCGGCGGCGGGACCCACGGCCCGCUCGCUGCUGCUCAGUCCCUACGCCUCGCAUCCCUUCGGGGCUCCCCACGGACCUUCGGCGCCGGGGAUCUCGGGCCCCGCGGGCGCCCUGUCGAGCUGGGAGGACCUACUGCUCUUCGCUGACCUCGAUCAAGCCGCGACCGCCAGCAAGUUGCUGUGGUCCAGCCGCGGCGCCAAGCUGAGCCCUUUCGCGCCCGAGCAGCCGGAGGAGAUGUACCAGACCCUCGCCGCCCUCUCCAGCCAGGGGCCUGCAGCUUACGACGGCUCGCCCGGUGGCUUCGUGCACUCGGCGGCCGCCGCCGCUGCAGCCGCGGCCGCCGCUAGCUCCCCGGUCUACGUCCCCACCACGCGCGUGAGCUCCAUGCUGCCCGGCCUGCCGUACCUACAGGGGGCGGGCGGCGGGCCCGCCAAUCAUGCGGGGGGCGCGGGCGCUCACCCCGGCUGGCCCCAGGCCUCGGCCGACAGCCCCCCGUACGGCAGCGGAGGCGGCGCGGCAGCCGGCGGGGCGGCGGGGCCCGGCAGCGCCGCCUCGGCCGCGGCUCACGUCUCGGCGCGCUUCCCCUACUCGCCCAGCCCGCCCAUGGCCAACGGCGCGGCCCGGGACCCCGGGGGCUACGCGGCAGCCGGCGGUGGGGCCGCGGGCGGCGUGAGCGGGGGCGGCGGCGGCCUAGCGGCCAUGGGCGGUCGCGAGCACCAGUAUGGCUCGCUGUCGGCCGCGCGGCCGCUGAACGGGACGUACCACCACCAUCACCACCACCCGAGCGCCUACUCGCCCUACGUGGGGGCCCCGCUGACGCCCGCCUGGCCCGCCGGACCCUUCGAGACCCCGGUGUUGCACAGCCUGCAGAGCCGCGCCGGAGCCCCGCUCCCGGUGCCCCGCGGCCCCGGCACAGACCUGCUGGAGGACCUGCCCGAGAGCCGCGAGUGCGUGAACUGCGGCUCCAUCCAGACGCCGCUCUGGCGACGCGACGGCACCGGCCACUACCUGUGCAACGCCUGCGGUCUCUACAGCAAGAUGAACGGCCUCAGCCGGCCCCUCAUCAAGCCGCAGAAGCGCGUGCCUUCCUCCCGGCGGCUUGGAUUGUCCUGUGCCAACUGUCACACCACGACCACCACUUUGUGGCGCAGAAACGCCGAGGGCGAGCCUGUGUGCAAUGCGUGUGGACUCUACAUGAAGCUCCAUGGGGUGCCUCGACCGCUUGCUAUGAAAAAAGAGGGAAUUCAAACCAGGAAACGAAAACCUAAGAACAUAAAUAAGUCAAAAGCUUGCUCUGGUAAUAGCAAUAAUUCUGUUCCCAUGACUCCAACUUCCACCUCUUCUAACGCAGAUGACUGCAGCAAAAAUACUUCCCCCACCACACAACCGGCAGCCUCAGGGGCAGGCGGCUCGGUGAUGUCCGGUGCCGGGGACAGCACCAACCCCGAGAACAGCGAGCUCAAGUACUCAGGUCAAGAUGGGCUGUACAUCGGCGUCAGCCUGGCCUCGCCGGCCGAAGUCACGUCGUCGGUGAGGCAGGAUUCCUGGUGCGCCCUGGCCCUGGCCUGAGCGGCCGCGGGGACCAGAGAGGACGCUGCCGGCCCGUGGGAUCGCCUUCAUGGAUCCUCUUGGCAAGCAGUCCGGACUGGGCCGAGGAUGCUGACCAGACUUCUUCCUCUGAUACAUGAUUUCUGUGCCUUUAUUUGAAAGAGAUGAAUCUCCCGAGAGGCUUGCUCUGCCUUGCCCCCGAGACCCUGUCUUGAAGACCCAGGGAGAAGAGGGACCGCCUCUCCAGGGAAGGACCGGGGCAGCCCACAGCCUCCUUGGCCACGGGGGCCACUUCCAGGCAGCUGGUCUCUGGGUCGGCCAGGGGAUUGGAUGUCUAUCGUGACACAUGCAGAAACCAGAACUACGCCCGGGGCCUUGCCUGCCAUGGAAUAUCGAAAGAGAUUUUUAAACCAAAGUUUUAUGUGUAUUGCCCCAAAUCAUGUGCUUCUUCUGAUCAGUUUUGGUUAUUCCAGAAUUUCUCCGCCCCUUUUCCACAGCCCCCUUCCCUGAUUUCCCACGAGUUCAUGGAGAAGAUCCUUCGUUUGGUACACACCUCCGGAGGCUGAGUCGGUUCUUGAGGUCUCUUCAAAAAUAUCACUCAGUUUGCAGGACUGCAUCGUAACUGUAACAUACACUGUGACUGACGUUUCUCAAAGUUCACAUUGUGCGACUGACCCGAAGUCAGUCCGAAUUUGUAAACAGGGUAGCAAACAAAAGAUAUUUUUCUUCCAUGUAAACAAUAAUUUUUUUUAAAAAGUGCAAUUUGCGUUGCAGCAAUCAGUGUUAAAUCAUUUGCAUAAAAGAUUUAACAACAUUUUUUAUAAUGAAUGUAAACAUUUUAACUUAAUGGUACUUAAAUAAUUUAAAAGAAGAAAAUGUAAACUUAGACAUUCUUAUGCUUCUUUUACAACUACAUCCCAUUUCUAUAUUUCCAGUUGUGAAAAAAAUAUUUCAAGAACAAAUCUUCUCUCAGGUAAAUUGCCUUUAUCCACUUGUUAAGAAUUUUUGUAUAAGAACAUCAGUAUCUCCCCUUUAUUUUACUGUGGAAUAUGUGCUGGAAAAAUGGCAACAAAACUUUACUACCUAACAGAUAACAUUUGUAAAUACUUUAGGCAUCUGUACACACCAUGAUGAAGUCUCUAUAGUGUGACUAACCCACAGGCAGGUUGGUUUACGUUAAUUUUUUAAAAAAUGGGAUGUCAUAUGGAAACCUAUUUCACCAGAGUUUUAAAAAUAAAAAGGGUAUUGUUUUGUCUUCUGUA